UCUCUGCUCCAUCCCUUGUGAGUGACGGUUCUGUGUAGUGUCCUGCCUCCCCAACUUGCGGUAUGUUGGCUGUGUAAACUCAACAGAAGCCCAUCAGCAUUUUGACAUCCUCUAGUGUAUAACGACUUGUCUGCUUGAAAAGUCCCGAGCCCGAACGGAGAUGCACGCCCACGGACUUUGAGACAUCUUCAGUAUACCACGUUUCGACGCAUUCAGAGAUAUAUUCCUCAAGGCAUGUAUUCCCACGCGCCUUAUGGCGAGAGGCGACGGGGCCGCCCGUCGCCGGCGGAGUUCUACCUCGAAGAUCGCGGCGAGCGCGAGCGACGUCGCACGGAGAUUGGCGACUUCAGCAAGGACCUGAGCGACAUGCGACAGCGACUGCGUGCGAUGCGAGUCGAGGAGUCGCAGGAGAUUCAGCAGCUGCGACAGAAGCAGGAGCAGGAGGCGUUCGACGCGGAACAAGCGAGGAAACUUCGCGAGCAGCAGAUUCUCCUCCUGCAAAAGCAGCGCCAGUUAACUUUUGCCACGUGGCGCGGCGAAGGCACGCGACCGUACGAGUCGCCGUUCGAGCCGGAGUCGGAACUCCUGCCCUCCGCAUUUCACGCUGUGGUCGGCAAGCCGCAUCUGCCUGUCGCAAACGCACCAGUAAGAAUCGACCACGUGGAGCUUCCUCCGCCUGUUUGGUCCGCAUCGCGUUCGUCCGCAAGCCUCUUUAACUACGCGAGCCGCGGCACUGGUUCCUACAGUCGGGCCACCGGAUCUGGCGCGCGCGGCUUAGGCGCCGCAAUGCCCGGCGCCAGCAGCGGCGCGAGUCGGAGCAGCGCGGGGAGCAGCUUGUCGGACGCCGUUUGCUCCAGUAGCAGCAGUAGCGGCUGCGACGUGACGGCUAGCCGUCAGACUGACGGAAGCGGGUACGUGACGGCCGGGGGCUAUGGUCACGGCAGUAUCACUAAUGACGUGGCGAUGACGUCACAUCCGUUCAGCGGGAUUGUCCCUCCUUACACCGGCUUCAGCUUUAAGAACGGUACGAGCGGGGCUGGCGAGAGCGCUUUCUACAGUCACACUCGCAGCGCAACCAGCAGCAGCAGCACGGACGGAAGGGACAAUAUCGCGGGAUACUUCGAAGCCACUUUCGAGCCGCCCGCGCUGUCCGCGCCACCCGCGCCACCCGCGCAGCCCGUUCCAAAGCUCCCCACUCCGCCCGCGCCAGCCCCCGUUGCUAUCACCCCGCAGACCGUUCCGCUCGCUGUUAGCACAUUUGCUAGUGGCACAUCCGUUAGUACUAUGGCGGGCGUUUCGUCCGCGCCCCCUUCGGAACCGUCCACGCCCAUCGUGCUCUAUUCGCCCACCGCAUUCGCCGCUCGGCAUCCGUCCUUCCAGCCCUCGUUCAGCUGCUUCCUCACCACCGCCGCUCUUCACUCCUCUUCCUCUUCCUCUAUUUCUUCUUCCUCCCCUUCUUUCACCUCCACCACCUCCUUCUCCUCGUUCUCCGCGCUUUCCGCUCCUGCUGACGCUGCCGAUUCCGACGACGCACCCCUUCUCCCGCUUUCUGCUGCAUCUCGCUCUGCGACCGAAGGCAACGCGCGCGCUGCCCUUCCGCCUCCUCCCCACGCAACCCUUCCGCCUCUGCCUCGCGGUUCCGCGGCCGCUGCUGUUGAACCCUUCCCGCCGACAGCCACGUCAGCACAAUCCGACGUGGCAGAUGCGACUAUAGCAUCGGAUGCUUCAUCUGCGCAUUCCGCCUUCCCUCACUCCUCCGCAAGUCGCGCCGCGUUUGACGGCGGGGUUGCUCCUUCUCUGCCUCAUGCAUCACUCCUUAUGGCCUCUGACGAUUUCGCGCAAGAUUCCGAAGCGACGAGAAAGGAAGAGGCAGCGGCGAGCGAGGCAAGCGUGACCACCGCAGCUGGCGCCGCGUCUUCCGCCACAAAUGGCGCCGCAACAGCCGCCGCCAGUGGCGGUAGCUCGUUUCUCGGGAGUCUCUUCUCAUGGACGCGCGCAGAAACGACAACGCCGCCACCCAAACCCGUGUCGCUGCCGCCCACGCUAUCUCUCGCGUCGGCACAGGUAUUCACUGCGCCAGAGUUCCACUCCACGUCAUCUUACUUCACUGCCACGUCAUCAGGCGGCUCCAACCGGUCAAUCGACGGCUACGAUGCGGGAAAGGAGGACAUAUAUGGCUCGCAGAUGAAGGGGGAGGGGAAAGGGGAGGAGAAUGACGGUGAGAACAUUAACGAGGAUGACAAUAACGAGUUCGACGAGCCGCUCUAUCUGCUGGACACCAAGCACGGGGCGCGCCGAGAAGUGGGAGGUGACUAUAGCGAGCGUUCUAUCAACGACCCGAACGGCGCUGCUCUGAGCAGAGCUCUGAGCAAGCUGGCUGAAACGAACGGUGCUCCUCAGAAUGGAGGCUCUGCGGCUACAGCCGCGGCUACAGCAGCUGCUGUUACAGCUGAUUCGCACAGCAAGGCCGAGUCAGCUGCUGCGGAUGCGCCUGCUACAUCCGCGGCUACAUCCGCGGCUACAUCCGCUGCUACAGUUGGCAGUACGGGCAGCCUGAGCUUCACUAGCCGUCUGAGCCAAAUGAUUGGGUUCGGCAGUAGCGGCAGCAGCAGCAGCAGCGGUGGCGGCGGCGGCGGCGGCAGUAGCGGUGGCGGUGGAAAAGGAUACGCGUUAUUGAGUCUGGAUGAUGCUGGGGCUGUGACGUUCGAUGAAGCGAGCCCGUCCUGCUGGGCUCCCACGUCAGCAGCCACGUCAGCCGCCUUAUCUUCCACGUCACGCGGUCAGAGCAGCAGCAGAAUCAGCAGCAACAGCCUUGGCACCACCACCACCGCGACUGGGGCUGGGGCUGCUUCUAUUGCGGUAAUAGGAGGAGGUUUGGGCGGGUUUGAAGCGUCUCAGGGCACGACGGCAGUAGCAGCAGGUUUGGGCGGUUUGGAGGCAGCUAUGGAUGGGGAGGUUCUACUUGCUGCUGCUGCUCCUCCUAAUGGAUUGUCCACUCCAGCUACUCCUGUUCUUGUUGCUGCUACUGCCACAGCUGCUCCUGCUGCUCUUGCCCUUCCUGCUCUUCCUGCGUCUGCUGAUUUUGUUGAUCCAGCUGCUGUUGCUGUUGCUGGUGCUGGUGCUGGUGCUGGUGCCAGUGCUGUUGAUUCGUUGACCACUGAAAACAAGGGUAAGGCGCCCAAGUCGGCGGCUAAAGCAGCGGCUGCGGCGGCCAUUGCUGCCGCUGCUGCAGCUAAGAUCGCAGCCUUGGGGAUUGGAAAGGGGGAGGAGAAGAGUCAGGCUGAAGGGGAGGGGGAGAGAGGCGCGGAAGGAGGUUAUGGGGAAGGGGAAGGGGAAGGGGAGGAAGAGGAGGAAGAGGCGGAAAACGGUGUGGGGAGAGAGGGAGGGCGGAAGGCGUUUUGGGACGAAGGGGAGUAUGGGGGAGAGGAGGAGGGGGAGGAAGAGGUGAAUGAGAUGCUUGAGCUUCAAGAGUGGAUGGAGGCUCAAAUGCUGGUGGAGGGAGUGAGGAGAGAGCUGAUGAAAGGGGGCAUUGGGGGAAGAGGAGGGGGGGGAGGGAGUCAGCGGCAAGCAGCAGGAGGGGCAGGAAGGGAAUCGGCAGCAGCAGGGGCAGGAGGAACAGGAGCAGCAGUGGCAGCAGCAGCAGCAGCAGGGGCACCAGUGAGUGUGUGUGACCCUGAGAUGGAGGCGUGGAUGCUGGCUCUGCCGCCGCUGGUGGUGAUGGCCCGCAGCGAUGAUGAGAGGGACGAGGUGAGUGAGGAGGAGGAAAGGGAGGAGGAGGAAAGGGAGGAGGAGGAAAGGGAGGAGGAGGAGGUGGUGGUGAUGGAAACGGAAGAAGGGGAGGAGGUGGAGGUGAUUGAGUUAGAGGAAGGGGAGGAGCUGGAGGAGGGAAUGGAGGUGGUGGAGAUAGUAGAGGAGGUGGAGGAGAACGAGGAGAGAGAGUACGAGGGCGGAAGUGGAGGGGCCAGCGACAAUGGGAGUGAGUAUGAGAGCGAGAGAGAGAGUGAUAGGGAGAGUGAUAGGGUGAGUGUGAGUGGAAGUGAGAGGGGAAGCGAGAGUGGAAGUGAGAGGGGAAGUGUGAGUGAUAGGGAAAGUGAGAGUGAGAGGGAGAGUGAGUGUGGCAGUGAGGCUAGGAGCGAAAGUGGGAGUGUGUGUGGGAGCGAGAGUGGGAGUGAGUGUGGGAGCGAUAUUGGGUCAGGGAGUGAGGUAGGAGACGAUGUGAGUGUGAGGAGCGACAGUGAGAGUGAGGGUGAGAGAGAGGAGGGCGAAGGGAGUGAGUGUGGGAGUGAGAGGGAAGUGGACAGCAGCGUGAAGAGUGAGGAGGAGAAUGAGGAUGAGAGGGAGGGGAGCAGCGAGGGGAGUGAGGAGAGGGAAGAGGGGAGAAGAGCUGGUGCUGAAACUGGCAACGGGGAGGAGGGGAUUGACACCGAGGAGGGGUGUGAUGCUGGUGAGACCAUGAGUGACGCCGGUGUGUCUGACGCCGACUCAGAAGGAGCAGAAGCAGACGAAGGAAUAGAGGCAGACGAAGGGGGAGACCAAGAGGAAGAGAGUAGGGAAGGAGAGGAGGAAGGCGGGGGCACAGGAGAAGCACUUGCCGUUCAGGGGGGUGAGCUGGAGGAGGAAUCGGAGGGCGGAGGGGAAGAGGAAGGGGAGGAAAGGGAGGAUGGGGAGGAGAGGAUAGGGGCAGAGGCAGCAGGCGGUGGGGGAAACGAAGGAGAGGGGGAGGAGCUGGGGGUAGAGAGUGUGGGAGAGGGAGUGAGGGAGGAGUGUGAGAGGGACGAGGUAGAGGGUGAGGCCAUGGGUGGGAAUGAGGACGAGAGCAGGAUACUGUGUGAGAGUGAGGAGGUGGAGGAGAGUGUGGGGGAGAGUGAGGAGGAGAGUGAGGAGGAGAUUGUGGGGGAGAGUGAGGAGGAGAGUGUGGGGGAGAGUGAGGAGGAGAGUGUGGGGGAGAGUGAGGAGGAGAGUGUGGGGGAGAGUGAGGAGGAGAGUGUGGGGGAGAGUGAGGGUGAAUGCUGCACCGAUGAGGGGAGUGGGAUGGGAGGAGAGGCCCAAUUUGGGGAGAGAAUCAAUGAGGCUGUAGAUGUGGUAGGGAGUGCUGACCUGGCAGAUGAUGCUGACAGUGUUGACGUGGCAGACGGUGCUGUCGUGGCUGAUGAUGCUGAUGUGGCAGACGGGGCUGUCGUGGCUGAUGAUGCUGAUGUGGCAGAAGGUACGGAUGUGGCAGAAGGUGCUGAUGUGGCAGGUGCUGAUGUGGCAGAAGGCCCUGAAGAAGGCGACGGACUGACAGUGGCUGUCAGCUGUGGAGCAGGGGGAGAGGAGGGAAAUGAGGAGAGUGGGGAGAGUGGGGAGGAGGAAAAUCGGGUGGGGAAGAGGGGUAAUGAGGAGGUGGAGGAGGCGAGUGGGAAGGAAGAGGAAGUGCGAGAGGAAGAAGAGGCAGAGAGGGAGCACGGAGAGCAGGAGGAGGAGAAGAGUGUGGAUGACGCUGAUGCUGAUGCUGCUGCUGCAGAGCAGGGAAUGCAGGCAAGUGGAGAGGAAGGGGAGGAGAGAGAGGAGCGAGACGAGGCCAGAGAGACAGUGGAUGGUGCAGAGAUGGUGGGAGAGGAGAGGGAAGAGAGUGUGGAGGAGAGCGCAGAAGAAGAGAGUGUGGAGGAGGAGCAGCAGGAGGGGGCUGAGGGGAAAAGAGAGGAAGAGGUGGAGAAGGCGGAGGUGAAGGGUGAGGAGCAGGAGGGAGAGGAGGUGGAGGUGGAAAUGGAGCAGGAGGGAGCUGAGGUGGCGGAAGAGGAGGUGGAGGUGGCAGAAGAGGAGGUGGAGAUGGCGGACAAGGAGGUGGAGGUGGUGUGUGAGGAGCAUGAGGGAGAGGAGGGCGAGGUGGAGGUGGAGGAGCAGGAGUGUGUUGAUGGAGAGGAGGUGGAAGGGGAAGUGGAGGAAGAGGAGGUGGAGGUGGGGUAUGAGUGUGUGAGUGAGGGGGAGGUGGAGGAAGAGGGAAUGGCAGAGGAGGGAGAGGUAGCAGCAGAGGGAGAGGAGGAUGCAGAAGAGGAUGAGGAAACAGAAGCAGCACAGGAAGAGGUGGAAGAGGAGGUGGAAGAGGAGGAGGAAGUGGAGGGGGAGGUGCAGGAAGAGGAAGAAGAGGUGAUUUACGAGUAUGUGAAUGAGGAGGAUCUCGAGGAAGGGGAGGAAGAAGUGGAGCGAGUGGAGCAAGAGGAGGAAGAGGAGGAAGGAGUGAUUUACGAGUAUGUGAACGAGGAGGAUCUCGAGGAAGGGGAGGAAGAAGUGGAGCGAGUGGAGCAAGAGGAGGAAGAGGAGGAAGGAGUGAUUUACGAGUAUGUGAACGAGGAGGAUCUUGAAGAAGGGGAGGAGAUCGUUGAGAUGGUGUAUGAAGACGAGGAGGGGGAGGGGGGGGAGGAGGAGAGGGAGGAGGUGGGGGAGGAAAGCGGGGAGCAAGAGGAAGUGAGUGAGGGGGAGGAGGGCUAUGAGGAGCAGUCAGCAGCGCCAAGAGAUGAGGGUGAUAAUGGGGAGGAAAGGGAGGGGUGUGAGGAAGAUGAGGAAGAUGGGGAAGCGGAAGCAUAUGAAAUCGUGGAGGAAUCAGACGAGGAGGAUGGCGGAGUGGGAGGGGAGGAUGAGGAGGACGCAGAGGGGGAGGAGGGAGAGGAGCAUGACAUAUUGGAAGGUGAAGAGGAGGAAGGGGUGGACGAAGGGGAGGAGGUGGAGGAGAUACUAUCUGAGGAUGAGGUAGAGCAGCUGUUGAAUGAUGAUGCCUACCUUGAUGAUGGGGCGGAGGGGGGGAGAAGUGAGGGAGAAGAGGAGAGGGAGGGAAGGGAGGGAGAAGAGGAGAGGGAGGGAAGUGAGGGAUUUGAGAAGAGUGAGGGGAGUGAGGAUGGAGAGGUGAGUGGGGGAGAGGAGAUGACAGAAGAUGAGGAGCAAGGGCAGGGGGGUGCGGAAGUGGAAGGAGAGGGUGAGGAGGGAGGUGAGGGUGAGGAUGUAGAAGAUGGUUCGGAUAGUGGGUCCCACAUAAUGAGACCAUCGGAGGAAAACGAGGAAUGCAAUAACGAGGAUGAGGGGGGUGAGGAGGGGAGUGUGGAAGGUGAUGAUGUGAGUGUGGAUGAGGGGCUGGAAGGGAGUGAGUAUGGGGAUGACGUCAGCUUGGGGAGUGAUGGGGAGUACGAGGAGGUUGAGGAGGAAUUGUCUGAUGUGAGUGAGGGGGGAGGUGAGGAAGAGAGUGAGGGAGAGGAGGAGGUGGGUGGAGAGGAGGGUGAGCAGGAGGAAGAGAAGGAAGAGGAAGAGGGAGAGGUGAAGGAAGAAGGAACUGCAAGUGGCAAGACAGUGGCUGAAGAGUCUGGGUUUAGGGAGGAGGAAGUGGCAGAGGAGGGUGACAUGGAGGAGGAAGAAGAGGGCUCAGAGGAUGGGGAGUGGGAGGAAGUGGGGUCAGAGGAAGGGUCAUGGGAAGGGUCAGAUGAACUUUCAGGGGAUCUCUCAGAGGAAGGCUCACUUGAAACGGCCAGCUCAGGGACAGCAGGGGAGGAACUCAGUGCCGCUGGUGCCCCAAUCAAUGCCCCUUGCCAGCAGCACAAGGUGGGGAGGCGAAGGCGGAAGAAGGUCCCCAAGGCAGGGGUGUCGUUUGGGAAGUUCAUCCCCCCAGAGCUGAGCGAGCUGGAGUCCCAUGAGAUGGAGCAGGAGAAAGAGGAGGGGGAGGGGCGCAAGGAGGGAGAGCAGUAGCAGCGGGUAGAGCACAUGGCGUGAAUUCAUUCCACCAGAGGUGAGUGAGCUGGAGUCACACGAGCUGGAGCAGGAGAAAGAGGAGGGGGAAGGGGAGCAAGUACGGCGAGCAGCAGCAUAAGGGAGAGCACAUGGCAUGAAUUUAUCCCCCUUGAGCUGAGUGAGCUGGAGUCUCAUGAGACCUGUAGCUGGGUGCAAAGCUGUGUAGCCUAGAAGAGCUCAUUGUUUUUGUUUGCUUGCAUGUUUAGUAUAGAGUUGCCAAUCUUUUUCUUAUUUUCAAUAGCUUGUUUAAAAAAAUGUCUGUUGUCACCAUCGCUGGGAGGGUCUCUCGAGUAUUGGAUGGUGGCUUCGCCAAUCUCUUUUUGAAUGAAGUUGAGAGAUGAGC